GUCUGACAUUGGUUUCAACAUUAUGACACUGUUAACUAUUGCUCUUGCUGUAUACUGUAGGAACAACAAUCUGUACAUAUCCUAUUCUGUGAAACAUAAUGUCAUUUACAGUCAACUAUCUAACCCGAAUCAAAAUCAUGUUCCGUUCUAGACUCGUGCUCAUGUUGUGACAGCAAGAGGAUUCUCAAGCAUCCACGGGUAUAAAGAGUUAACAGCAUAGCAUAAAAAGUAUUCAAAUCCAAUAUCCGGUCACCUCUUUAAAAUGUUUGUUUCGGGUUUUCCAGCUCAGUGGCAUAUGUAUUUCCCAGUCUCGGCUGUCUCUUUAAGACAACGAUAGCUUUGUGUCUGAUUAAUUCAAUGUAACGAGAUUGGCAUUGGAGAAACCUAUUUUCCGCUGUUACUGUGGAAGUACCAGCUACAGAGAGUGUGAAAAAGCUGGACAUUUAUUUCCUAUUGGUCAUGAUCAUCGGAUAACCCAAUUGGCGGUUAUCAUAUACUAGAGUUAUAACGUGAUACCGUUAUUAUAGGCAACGGAUGUGGGGAUUAAAAAAAUAUGGAUUUAAAUUAGCUGGAAAUUAAGUCUCCAUAAUUUAAUCAUUUUUCUGUUAGAGGAUUUACCAAAAGUCGUAUUGGAGGAAUAAGAAUAUUUACAUUAAAUUGUUUGGAGGGGAGUUUUAUUCUGACUACACGAAAUGUCUGAAAAACACGGAGGUUAUCAAGGUCUGGAGGACUCCAAUCGGCAGGCCAUGUCCCAACCCAUGCAGCAAAUACAGCCCCCUCCAUACCUCCCCUCCCAGGACCCUAACACGGGCCAACAACACUCCAACAUGCAGCACCUCAACAUGCAGCACCUCAACAUGCAGCACCCCAACAUGCAGCACCCCAACAUGCAGCACCCCAACAUGCAGCACCCCAACAUGCAGCACCCCAACAUGGGCCCUCCGCCCGGCUGUGGCCCCCAGCCCAACUACCCCCCUCCACCCCCGCCCCCUGGCUCCGAUGGCUACCAGGAGACCCAGUUCCACAAUGGCUCCUAUGGACACCCAGGGGCCCCACAGGGCUACACAGUCCAGACCCAGGGCCCAGGAGGGGGGGUCCCACACGCCCCUGUAGGGUAUUUUCAACCAGGAUACCCUCUCCAGCUGCAGCCCUGCACAGCCUAUGUUCCUGUCUACCCCAUGGCGUCGGGACAGCCCUACCAGGGGAUGCCCCAGGGUCAGAUGGGCAUGCAGAUGUCCCAUGGCAUCGCCCUGAUGGAGCCCCGGCGCCCGCCUCACGACUACCUGCCCAUCGCUGUGCUCACCACCGUCUGCUGCUUCUGGCCCACAGGAAUCAUAGCCAUCAUCAAGGCAGUACAGGUGCGUACAGCAGUGGCCAGGGGGGACAUGGUGACGGCAGAGAUAGCGUCCCGCGAGGCGCGUAACUUCUCCUUCAUCAGCCUGGCGGUGGGCAUUGCCUCCAUCGUCCUGUGUACCAUCCUCACCGUGGUAGUCAUCAUCGCCUCCCAACACCAUGACGAUGACUGGGAACCCUAAUACAUAACGCAGUGUGGCAUCAUGGGAUAUGUAGUUUUGUGUGGAGAUUGAAGAAUAAGAGCACCGGAAUUCACUCUCUGAAACUGGUAUGUUAUAUUGGGGGGUGUAUAUAUGUGUGUGUGUGUGUGUAUAUAUAUGCACCCUGUGUACUGUAUAUACAGUACUGACCUGACCUACUGACUACUAACGGGUUGAGAACCAAUCACACUUAUAUUCAAUUGCCAAAACAAAUAGGUACACAUUAUUUGCCAGUAUUACUUACCAUUUACACUCGGAUAUAAUAGCGCUCCAUAGCACUUAUGGGGGAAACAGAGUACAUACACAGAGGCAUUAAAGGGCAAUUCCACCACAUUUCAACAUCAUUUUCAUUAUCUAUAGCACAGUACCAGUGUCUACAUAUGUUAAAAUGGCGUAUGACAUCAUCAAAAGUAUUAAAAAAAAAUAACAACUGUGAUUUUCAAAAACGAUGAGAUUCACAGUGACGUGGGGAGUAAGAAAAUUCCCUCCCUCUGGCUAGAAACUCGUUGCAGGUUUUGAAAAUCACCGUUUUUCUUACUUUUCCUCUUGCCUUGUGAUGUCACAGAGAAUCAUUUUUUAGGACCUUCUCUUUUUAACCACAGAUCACAGAAACGUGCCAUUUUCAUAUAUGUAGACACUGGUAUGGUACUGGAGAUAAUGAAUAUGAGGUUGAAAAGUGUCAGAAUUGCUCUUUAACUAUGAAUGACAGAUGAAUUUAUGGUCCCCUUGAAGACCAAACCAUGGAUCACACUGUAUCUUGAUAAACUAUUUAAGCCUUCACAAAACUGCCAAAUAGAUCACAAAUCAUGACUGACAUUAGUGCCAUAUAUAAUUAGUAUUGUGUAAGGAGGUUGUUUUGAAUUACUUCUAAUAUAAAUACUUUUAUUGAAUUGCGUUUAGUCAUUUAUAGUUUUUGAUUUAUGAUUUUCAUAAACACCCGCCAUCUAACGAUAGUAUUUUUUCAAGUAUUUAUUAAAUGGAUUGUAUAAGACUGCCAAACAGACGUGGGUAUGGAGGGAUACAACUGAUCAGUAUUCAUUUUACACACAAUCAAAUGUAAAGUAAAUUGAAGACAUAUUGUUGUCUUCUUAUGAGAUUAAUAUAUGAAAAUUGUGAAAAAAGAUUGAGAUUUUUCUGGUGAGAUGAAUGACAUCUCUAUUUAAAGUUGUGCUGGUGGAGGGAUACACCAUACUGUG